GGGCGGGGCGUUCCCCGCGCCCGUAGCAACCGCAGCGUUCGCGGUAUCCACGGCACCAUGGCAAAAGCAACGACUAUCAAAGAAGCUCUAGCCAGAUGGGAAGAGAAAAGUGGCCAGAAGGCUUCAGAGGCAAAGGAAGUGAAACUGUAUGGGCAGGUUCCUCCUGUGGAAAAGAUGGAUGGCGCUCUCUCCGCUCUUGUUAACUGCGAGAAACUAUCGCUGUCUACAAACUGCAUUGACAGAAUUGCCAACUUGAACAACCUAAAAAAUUUGAGGAUUCUGUCUUUGGGAAGAAAUAACAUAAAGAACUUGAAUGGAUUGGAGGCAGUUGCUGAAACUUUAGAGGAGCUGUGGAUCUCAUACAACUUAAUUGAGAAACUGAGGGGUAUCCGUGUAAUGAAGAAACUGAAGGUUCUUUAUAUGUCAAAUAAUUUGGUGAAAGACUGGGCAGAGUUUGUGAGGCUGGCAGAGCUGCCAGUGCUAGAGGAGCUGGUGUUUGUAGGCAAUCCACUACAAGAGAAAUUUGCUGCUGAUCAGAACAGUUGGAUUGAAGAAGCAACCAAACGGGUACCCAAGCUGAAAAAGCUGGAUGGUACCUUAGUUGUUAAAGGAGAAGAGGAAGAAGGAGCGGAAGAAGGAGCAGAAGGAGCAGAAGAAGCAGAAGGAGGAAACUGAUGACACUUUCUUAUUGGGUAUUAAAUUAUUAAAGUAACUCCAGAUAGCUUUGCACAUAAACUUUUAUAAAAGUAUUUGAAGAAAAUCUCUGAGCAGUUUUUAAAAGACCAGCUUAUCUCCACAGUCUCUCACCCAAAGAGUUAGUUACCAAAAAUUGCUCACACUGGUUUUGUCAAGCUUAUGACACCUUCUGUAGAGACUAGUGGAGCUGAGUUUACCUGCUGUUUGACUAGCAAGAGAUCUUUAUUUAAAUUAAUACAUAGCUAUUUUUAAUUCCUGAUUAGUGGUGCUUGUUGUUCACUCGUGGGUUAUAAAAGAACCAUUUUAGCUUAUUUGGUACUGCUGGCCAACAUUGAAUUGGAAACUCUGAGGCCAGAAGAAUAAUGUUGUGGUUUAGAGAUACCUGACGAGCUUUGUUAUGCUUAAUUUUGUCAUGGGACUUUCUCAAUAUUUUUAAUAUGUGAGUUUGCCUUUUCAUUCCUUGAAGUGUUAUGCCAAACAAGCCCAGUAGUUGCAUACGCACAAAAAAAGGUAUUGGUCUGAUGAGCACUUGUUCCUGGCCUCAAGUCUUGAAACGGGCUUCUCACAUUGGAACUCAACUGCAUUGCUUAGAAGGCCAUUUAUAACUUAUAUAUUUAUUUAUUUUUAAGAGGCAAUGGGAAUUCAUUGCAUGGUUCCUGUAAGACUAAAAUACCUGCUAACUUUGGGUUUUGUGUCUUAUUAAGACAUUACUUUAGAUUGGAAUAUGUGGCCUAUUAGCCUACAGCUGGUUUCUGGCUUUGGAUUGGGUCACUGGUGGACAUAACCCUUCUCAGCUCUGGAAUCUUCCUGUAACUAAGGAGGCUGAUAGUAAGAGAGAAACUAACAGCACACAGGGGUGUGGGCUCGAGGACAGAAAAUUUUUGAUUUUGGGGAUACUAAUUUUUUGUGAAAGCACAGGUAUAAGCACUGAGAGAAAGUAUAUGUAGUUAGUGGGGACAGUGAGAUGAGAUGAGAUGAGAUGAGAUGAGAUGAGAUGAGAUGAGAUGAGAUGAGAUGAGAUGAGGGCAUUGGUAAAAAAAGUAUUGAAGAGGUACUGAAUGUGCUAUAUUGCAGGGUAACCAGUUUUAGUAAAGCUUCCUUAUGUGGCUAUUUCUAGUGAAAAGCAUUAAACAAUGAUGAAGACAUACCUGAUUCCACUGUGAGAUGCCAAUAGUGCAGUUUUUCUUCUCUUUGAAGAACAGAUGGAGUCACCUGAGUAGAUUUUUCUGCAGUUCCUUUUUGGUUUUUUAACAGGCUUUUCUUCUAAUUUGUGGUACCAUCUUUUUUUUAAAUUGAAGUGAAAACAAGUAUAUUUGCUGGUUCCAGCCCAGGCAUAGAAGGGAUGGGAUCAGAAUGCCACUCUUAGUUAUUUAAUUUAUGAAGGUGUGGCAGGAGUUGAAAUCUUGGAAGCCAAGUUCAGAGAUGAAAUGGUAGAAUUGGCCCAGACAACAGUGGUACAGAUCUCAAGCUCCAGGUAUAAUUGUAGUAGGCAAUUCUCUUAUCAGUUUCUAAUUGAACACUGUGAAGUAAAUGAUUACAAGACAAUCACAGUUUAGUUUCAAUAUAUUGAUUAUUGGAGGAAUUCUAAAGCAUUCUGAUUUAAGUUGGCAUUUGCUGAAGAGGUUUGAGUUUGAUUUGGAUCCGUUACUAAAAGUAAGUCAAGAGCACAAUGGCAAAAACUGGACAUUCUUCACCCAGCACAAACUACUUCCAGGCAGCUGUUCUCUUUACCAGAAACUACUUUCUUAGUUAGCUAGUUCACUGGGUUUAGACAACUUAAUUUUUGUUUGUUAUUUCUUUAGAAGUAUUUUCCUAGCUUUAUCAUGAGUAAAGGCAGCAUUGACCAAGAAGCACCAUGGAGAAGUGUCUAGAGUCAGCAGUCAUUUCACAUGUCUUUUGAAGGCAAGCCACUCUGUUCACUUGCAGCCAACCACUCUUGGCAAGGUGGGUGUGCUUGGGCAGUACAGAGCCUGUGGCACACUUAGGCCCUGCUGGCCCCAUCUGCUGGGGGUGCCCACAGCGGAUUGGCUGUGCCCUUGACCACGGUAGUCAAAGUGUGGCUCAUGUGAGCCAGAGCUUGACUGACUCAAAACUUGCCUUCUGAAUGUUCCCAACAAGCAGAAAUGCCAAAUUCAUCUCUGUGUUUGGAGAUAUUUUCAGACUGGACCACAUGGUGCUCUCUUCCUGGCCACAAAGAAAAGUGGUUGAAGCUCUGGACCUGGUCUCUCCCAGCACAGCUGCAAGUGGUGUGUAUGGCUGGGUUAGCUCCACACAUGACUGUGACAGGAGGAAAAGGGAGUGACAAGCACAGUCCAAUGCCAACUAAUCCUGCUGGUUGAUUCUUUAAAUAUGGCUUAAGUCUGUACAUUCUGAAGGUUACAUUAGAUACAGCAAAUACUCUACACUUUGGCUGUAUUGGAGCAUUCUGAGAGCAGAAUAGAAACUUAGUGUUCUGACUAUGUUGUAAUGAUUGAAGUGAAACACAGAUCCCUUGACAAGCUGUGAGGAAUAAGAGCAGUUCCUGGCUCUUGUAAGUGAUCAGUAGAGGCUACACCUACAGGGAUCAGUCCAAAAAUAUUGUAGGUGGUGGUAGAGCUGGGUGGAUUGUGUGGCCCACUGGCACUGGUGCUUUCCAUAGAUGAAAUGACACAAAUUCUCCAGCUCUUUGGAGGCUGCAUUAUAAAUACCAACAAAAAAUGAAAAAAAAAACAUUAUUGAAGGAAGGGAGCAUCUAGUCUUAGAUUAUAAUUUAAAACCCUUCCGAUAAAAAGUAUUUGUCAGUCUCAUUAAAA